GACGUCAUUUCUUUCACAUGGCUCUAGCAAGACAGUUGUGUGACCAAUAAAGGAUGUUGCACCACUAUUAGACAUUUACCAUUGUUUACGUUUUAUAUUCUCUACAUAACGUACACGCUAGAGAACACAUUUAAUUUACAUAAAUUUGUGUAUUGUGUCUAUUUUUCUAAUAAUAUUUAAACGUUAAAUAAGAUAGACCUUUUUUUAAUUUGAGUGGACACCAUACUUUGACUUCUCAAUAACAAAACCACGCCAUACGGUUUUGUCUGUAGGAUCGACUGUUGUCGAUCAAAAUAGUGUUUUUUAGUAACUAACUUCACAUUGGUGAUGGCCUCCAACGGAAUGGAUGGCGAAUCAAGUGCUGAUAGAAAUGUUGAAAUUUGGAAGAUUAAAAAACUUAUCAAGAGUCUUGAAGCUGCAAGAGGAAAUGGCACAAGUAUGAUUUCUUUGAUUAUUCCACCAAGAGAUCAGAUUGCUCGUGUAAAUAAAAUGUUAGCAGAUGAAUUUGGUACAGCCUCAAAUAUCAAAAGUCGAGUCAACAGACUGUCUGUUCUUGGUGCCAUCACUUCUGUACAACAAAGGCUUAAACUAUACAAUAAAGUUCCUCCAAAUGGGCUUGUUAUAUACUGUGGUACCAUCAUAACUGAAGAAGGAAAAGAAAAGAAAGUGAACAUAGACUUUGAGCCAUUCCGCCCCAUUAACACUUCUUUGUACCUAUGUGACAAUAAAUUUCACACUGAAGCAUUAACUGCCUUAUUGGCAGAUGACAACAAAUUUGGCUUUAUUGUUAUGGAUGGUAAUGGAGCACUUUUUGGCACCCUAUCUGGAAAUACACGAGAAGUUUUGCACAAAUUCACAGUUGACUUACCCAAAAAGCAUGGGAGAGGAGGACAGUCUGCGCUCCGUUUUGCUCGUCUUAGGAUGGAAAAGAGACACAACUAUGUUAGAAAAGUUGCAGAAGUGGCAGUUACGUUAUUUAUUACAAACGACAAGCCAAAUAUUGCAGGAUUAGUCCUCGCAGGGUCAGCAGAUUUUAAAACAGAACUUAGUCAGUCAGAUAUGUUUGAUCCUCGUCUUCAAGGUAAAAUUAUCAAAAUUGUGGAUGUUUCAUAUGGUGGUGAGAAUGGUUUUAACCAGGCUAUAGAACUUGCAGCAGAUUCCCUGGCAAAUGUCAAAUUCAUCCAAGAAAAGAAACUGAUAGGAAGAUACUUUGAUGAGAUAUCUCAAGACACAGGCAAAUACUGUUUUGGAGUGGAAGAUACACUGAAAGCUAUGGAAAUGGGAGCAGUGGACAUUCUCAUAGUGUGGGAGAAUUUGGAUAUACAGAGAUUUGUUCUGAAGAAUCACUCCACAGAUGAGGAAAAAAUAUUACACUUACGUCCUGAUCAAGAAAAGGAUAAAACUUAUUUUACUGAUAAAGAAACUGGAGUAGAGCUGGAGUUGAUAGAGCAGAUGCCACUCCUGGAAUGGUUUGCUAAUAAUUAUAAAAAUUUUGGUGCAACCCUGGAAAUCAUCACAGACAAAUCUCAAGAAGGAGCUCAGUUUGUUAAAGGCUUUGGUGGUAUAGGAGGAAUCUUGCGGUACCAAGUUGACUUUCAAGCUUUGGAUUCUUCACUGCAUGAUACAUUGUAUGAAGAGUUUGAUUUGGAUGAUUAUUAAUACUUUGUUGUAUGAUGUGAUGGACUUGGAAUAUAUUCAAGUUGAUGUUAUAACCUUCAUGAGAGCUUGAGCUAUUCCAGGGUCAUAUGGCUAAUGGUUGUACAUCUGGCUGUUGUGUGAUUGUGUGGGCAUAAAGAAUUUAGUUCCUAUCCUGUGAGAGGCCAUCUAUAUACCUUUUUAAAAAUACUUUUGGUACCUAUGCAUGGAAUAAUGCUGCUGAGUGCUCCAUGAAAUUAUUAACUGUGUAAUAGGUCUGUCACACUGAUGUGAUAGAUUGAUCAUACAGGUAACUUUGAUUGACAACCUCCAUCCUUGGUGUAUAUUUAUAUAGAUGGCCUGUUGUAUUCUUUCUUGCAUAGACAAGAAAAUGUUAACAAGCCAUUUGAAAAAAAGAGCUGUUAAUUUGUUUAUUUUUCUGAUGUAAGGGGAAGCUUGUAGUGUUUAUUGUAUGGAAGACAGAUUUCAACUUUAACUUGUAAUUGACUCUAAUAAAAGAAGCAAAUGCUAUUUAUUGCCA